GACGAAUGGGCGGAACACAUUUAUAAAGGCUUAACAAUUCAGGCUACCUACCAACCCCCGAGCUUUUUCCAACCGCCGUAAAAGGAGAUACGGAAGGAAUUUCUCCCUUUCUUUCUCCAAUGGCAGAGAAACCCGAUGGAACCCCAUCAAACCAGACCCAAAGAAAACCAGCAAUCCCUGCAUAUGUAAAAGCCAUAUCCGGUUCACUUGGUGGAAUUGUCGAGGCAUCUUGUCUCCAACCCAUCGAUGUUAUCAAGACCCGUUUACAACUGGAUCGGGCCAGUUACUACAAGGGUAUUCUUCAUUGCGGCAGCACCACUGUCACAAACGAAGGCGUCCGUGCUCUCUGGAAGGGUUUGACACCCUUUGCCACCCACUUGACAUUGAAGUAUGCCCUACGGAUGUUCUCCAAUGCCGUGUUACAAUCGGUAUUUAAGGAUUCCAACACCGGAAAGAUUAGCGAUGGUGGGAGGUUUCUUUCUGGGUUUGGUGCUGGUGUCAUUGAAGCUCUUGUGAUUGUUACCCCAUUUGAGGUUGUAAAAAUAAGAUUACAACAACAAAAGGGACUAAGUCAAGAGCUUCUAAAAUACAAAGGUCCAAUCCAUUGCGGGCGGUUAAUCAUCCGUGAGGAAGGCAUACGCGGUCUCUGGGCCGGCGCUUCCCCAACCGUAAUGCGAAAUGGCACGAACCAAGCGGUCAUGUUCACCGCCAAGAACACAUUCGACGGGUUGUUAUGGAGGAAACACGAAGGCGAUGGAAAAGUCCUGCAACCCUGGCAAUCCAUGAUAUCUGGGUUCCUAGCUGGCACUGCGGGCCCCGUUUGCACUGGGCCUUUUGAUGUUGUGAAAACAAGGCUAAUGGCACAGAGUAAAUCGGGAGGUGAAGGGAAGUAUUAUAAGGGGAUGUUUGAUGCAAUUAAAAAGAUUUAUGGUGAAGAAGGGGUGUUUGCUUUGUGGAAGGGUUUGGUUCCACGGUUGAUGAGGAUACCACCCGGUCAGGCGAUUAUGUGGGGGGUGGCUGACCAGGCCAACAUUGGUUUUAAAAUGGAGCUAAUUGCUAGGAAUAAUAACGUACUUUGA